GACGAAGAAGAAGUUACCUCCAUUAUCAUUCAUUCUGAUGCAUGCUCCCAAGCUCAACACGCACCCAACCUAUAUCCUUAGGACCAGGUUAGCAUCCACGUUCAGUCCCAAUCCCAAUUCUGAAAUGAAGCGCUGCAAUUCCGACAUCUCAAGGCUUUGCAAGGAAGGGAGAACCGACCAUGCACGCAAGCUGUUUGAUCAAAUGCCUCAACGGGAUAAGCAUCUGUGGACUACAAUGAUCGAUGGGUAUAUCAAGUGUGGUGCGAUUAAGGAAGCCAGGAAGCUGUUUGAUCAACCGGAUGCCAAGAAAAGUGUGGUUACUUGGACUACUAUGGUUAAUGGGUACGUCAAGCUCAAUCAGAUUGAGGAAGCUGAGAGUUUGUUUUAUGAGAUGCCAGAGAGAAAUGAGUUGUCUUGGAACAUAAUGAUUGGUGGGUAUGGACAAAAUGGCCAAAUCGAGAAGGCUUUGGAUUUGUUUAGGAGAAUGCCAAAGAGGAAUCUAGUUUCGUGGAAUAUAAUCAUUAAGGCCUUGGCACGAUGUGGGAGGAUCGAGGAUGCACAAUGGCAUUUUAAUCAGAUGCAGGAAAGGGAUGUGAGUUCCUGGACUACCAUGGUUGAUGGUUUGGCAAAAAGUGGGAGAAUUGAUGAUGCUCGAGCUCUUUUUGAUAGGAUGCCGUUACGAAAUGUGGUCUCUUGGAAUGCGAUGAUCACGGGUUAUGCUCAAAAUAGAAGAUUGGAUGAGGCUUUAGAGUUGUUUGAGAGGAUGCCUGAGAGAGACAUGGCUUCAUGGAAUGCAAUGCUCACCGGGUUCUUUCAAAAUGGAGAACUCAAUAGGGCAGAGAAGUUAUUUGCUGAAUUGCCACAAAAGGAUGUGAUUACUUGGACUUCUAUGAUGACAGGGUAUGCCCAACAUGGUCUAAGUGAAGAAGCAUUGAAAAUGUUUACCAAAAUGCAAGCUAAUGGUGGGUUAAAACCCAACAAUGGAACUUUUGUGACCGUGUUAGGUGCUUGUAGUGGCUUAGCUAGUCUCACUGAGGGCCAACAAAUUCAUCAGUUAAUAAGUAAAACAGGUUUUCAGGAGAAUACACGUGUGGUGUCAGCGCUGAUAAAUAUGUACUCAAAAUGUGGGGAGUUGCAUAUUGCUAGGAAGAUAUUUGAUGAUGGGUUAUUGAGGCAAAGAGAUUUGAUAUCUUGGAAUGGUAUGAUUGCCGCCUAUGCGCACCAUGGAUACGGAAAUGAGGCAAUUAAUCUAUUUAAUAAAAUGCAAGAAUUAGGUUUCCAAGCUAAUGAUGUCACCUAUGUUGAACUUCUCACAGCUUGUAGUCAUGCUGGAUUAGUUGAUGAGGGGAUUCAAUACUUUGAUAAGCUUCUCAAGAACAGAUCUAUACAAGUCAAAGAAGAUCAUUAUGCAUGUCUGGUUGAUCUUUGUGGUCGUGCAGGAAGAUUGAAAGAAGCUUUCUAUAUAAUUGAGGGGCUCGGGGUAAAGUUAUCAUUGUCUGUUUGGGGACCACUCCUUGCUGGAUGUAAUGUGCACGGAAAUGCUGAUAUUGGGAAGCUUGUAGCUACGAAAAUUUUGAAAGUUGAACACGAAAAUGCAGGUACUUAUUCAUUACUCUCUAAUAUGUAUGCUUCAGUAGGGAAGUGGAAAGAAGCUGCCAAUGUUAGGAUGAAAAUGAAGGACAAGGGGUUAAAGAAACAACCAGGUUGUAGUUGGAUUGAAGUUGGUAAUACAGUGCAAGUAUUUGUAGUUGGUGAUAAGUCGCAUUCUCAAUCGGAGAUGCUAGAAUAUUUACUACUUGGUCUACAUACAAAAAUGAAGAAGUUCGGGGACAUUCUAGAUGAUGAUUUAUCACGUGAUGUAGAACUUUAGUGGCAUAAUUCUGUGUUGGCCAGAGCGUGCAUUGUCCGUGGGAGUUGAAAUGUGGGAAAGUUUUUUUGUUCUGGUGUUGGGAAAGCAAUGAGACCGUCGGUGUAGAUGAUGAAAAUUAAAGGUCCUUACAUACAAUCAAGAUGGAGAUUGAGGCUUUUUCAUUUUUAAGUAAGCACGUUUUCUGCUGAGCCUCGCUUGAGUUGCUUCAAGUUCAGGGUAAUGAGCAACUAGUGACAGGUUUGACAUUGAUUUUGGCUUUCUGAUUUGGGACUCACAGGUUUGAAGAAGAUAUCUUCAAGACAGGUUCUUGCUCAUGCUGUUGUCUUACAAUUCAAUUGAGACAGCAUCCACCAUCUCAUCUUUUCUCAAUCAUGUUCUUGCUGACUGGACCUCAUCUGCUUAUGUAAACUGCUUUUCUUUUAAUUGAUGUAGGAGGGCCUACUGACUUAAGUAUGUUCAAUUUGAUCUAGAAAUGUGAAACAAAGAUUAAGCUGGUGAUUUUUGUUUGGUAUGUAGAAUCUUAAUUAUGGAGUGGUUCUAUGUUCUCAAUGAAAGCCUCUUUUUGUUUAGAGGAGGCAUCAAUUAA